GCGCGCACGCGUCGACGUUCCGUCAUUGAUCUAUAGAUCAUUUAAAAGAUUUAAAUCUUUUGUGACAAAUGUGCGUGAAAGUGUUUAAUGGGUUCUUUUAAAAAAUAUUUGUAAAUUUUAUUUCUCUAAAAAAACUACGGGAUUUUUUAAGAGCUUAAAGUGAACCAUGCGUCGGGCCAAAAUGAAUGUGAACCCUGACUUGGGUGAUUUGGAGGAGAUGCUUGCUCAUGUGCAAACGCAGAUUGAACAGGAGAUUGAUAUGGAGAAGGAAAACAAGAUGCCGUCAAUUAUCAACGUUCAAGAAUCGCCGAAGAUGAAGAGGAAUGGAUCUUUCAACCGAUCUGAGAGUUUAGAAUACCGGCGUCCCCCACGCCCUACGAGGUUAAAUGGAGAUGGACCUCAGUCUUUGGAGUACAGAAAUGGUGAUUAUGGUACCACCAAUAGUGUUAAAGGAUCCCAAAGCAGCUUGAAGUCGAACGACGACUCUCAGGUGUCCUUCCAGUCUUUUCGUUCGGAGCCUGUGCAGCGUCACUCGGUUCUGAGUCUUCAGGAUAAAAGGGAUGCUUCCAUGAAUGGAUGGUCUAAAACUGCGACUUUGCCGAGAGGAUAUGGAUCCACUAAAGAAAAAAAUUGGGAAGAGUAUUGGUCACACGAGCAGUCGAUAAGCAGCGCGCGCGCAUCGGUAAUGGUGUACGAUGACUCACUCAAACGCUGGAUUCCCUCCGGCUCCAGCUCGGGGCUGUCCAAGGUCCACAUCUAUCAUCACACCCAACACAACACCUUCAGAGUGGUGGGGAGGAAGCUGAAUGAUCAUGAGGUGGUGAUAAACUGCGGCAUCGUUCGAGGCCUAAAGUACAACCAGGCGACCGCCACAUUCCACCAAUGGCGCGACGCGAGACACGUCUACGGGCUGAACUUCUCCUGUCGCGAGGACGCUGACAGCUUCGCUAGAGCCAUGAUGCACACCCUGGAGGUGUUAGCGAACAAAGUCAGCAAUAACUCCGCGCCGCCCCCGCCACAGCAGCCUAACCCUCCCGGGCCUUACAAUGGACACAAUAACACGCACUACGACGAAGAUAUGGGGUACAGAACAAUGACCCGAGAAGAUGCGGCCAUGCUCCAACAGCCUCAAUACCACGCUCCUCAUCUUCAGCACCAGCUCCCACAGCAUCAACCGAUUCCACAUCAGCCGCAACCGGUGCCAGUGCAGCAUCAGCAGCACCCGAUGACCCCUCAGCACCAGGUAGCUCAUCCUCAGAUCAACCACCAGGCGCAGCACCAGCCCAUCCCACCGCCCAGCCAGUACCACGCCCCUCAUCAUCACACCACGGGUCCAGCCGUGCAAUCUGCGCCCACUCCGCCGCCCCACGGUGUGCACACGCUGCCCCAUGCCCCACACGCGCCGCCCACGCACUCGCACCAUCGCACUAACAGUGCCCCCAUGCCCCCAAACAUGUCCCUUACUCCAGCGAGUGGUUCAACGGCACCACCCCCAGUGCCACCUCAUCAGAAUCUACCACCGACGGCUAAUGGUCCCGUUGCCCCACCGACGCCACCAGCAGCACCACAGCCGCCACCAAUGCUCCAACAGCAGCCGCCGCCGGCACCUCCGGCGCCCCCUCCGGCCGCGGCCCCGGCCCCACCUCCGCCUCCUCCUCCACCAGGGGGAGCAGUGGCCUCUCCUCCGCCGCCGCCGCCGCAGCCGCAGCCCCCAGUCGCUGACCCCACGGGGCUAGCCGCGCAACUGCAGCAGGCGAGACUGAAAAGACAGGCUAAGCAAGCCAACACAGAAGUGGCGUCGCCGCCGGGAGGCAACAGCGGGGGCAGCGCAGGGAGCACCGACCAUUCCUCUUCAUCAUCAGGUCGAGCCAGCCUCCACUGCAUGAUGCACGAGAUGCAGCGCACUCUUGCCAGGAGAAGGGCGCAUCUCGAUAAAGCUGAGGAAACAUCGGUAGAUAACUCGGUGAACUCCACCCCUAUGAAGAGUUGGGAGCGAUCUGCGACGUUGCCGCACCGACUUCCCGCCGCAUGUAAUGGCAACACUCCGAGUGCCGAGUCUCCUGCGCAGCCGCAACCCCAAUCACCUAGAUCUGUACGGAAACGGUUCGGAUCGGCCAGCGAAGAAACCAUACUUAAGCAAGUCAACGGAACCGAAGGUGGCUGCGUGUCAGCAGCUGAGUGGGAGGGCUUCAAGCAAGAGCUGAUGAGGGAAGUCAAGACGCAGCUCACGCAGAUGAAACGCGAAAUACUUGACGCGAUGAAAGCUGAGUUCGCUCGCAGAUAAAAAUGGCGCGCGGCGUCGAAUGAUUGCACUAGUCUACCGAACUACACGAAUGUUUUUUGUAGAAUUAUUAUUACACUCGGUAAAUGUACUUUACGAAAGCCAUUUUUUAUAUAUGAUGUAUUGAUUUUGCGACAUUUUGCUAUUGAUUUAUUAAAUGUUUUUAAGUGUAAGUUCGGGAAUUGUGAUGAAAAACAACGUAAUAUAGGAGUUGCCUGGUUUUCUAUUUGGAUAAAUGACACAAGAGAAAGGCACAUGAAUCGAUGCAUAGUUGUGUUUUUUUUUAAUUUUAUACUUAAAGUAUUUAUUCUAAUGCGUACGCGUAGGUUAAGAGUUGUUUAAUGUUGGACUUUUUACGAAAUGCCUACGUUUUGUAGCCAUUUAAAAAGUUCAUAAUUUAACUUUAUAUUAUUGGAUACGUAUAUCAUUCAAAAGUAACGGGAAUAUUUAAAUUUUGGUCGGGUUGACAGUCUUCCAUACACUUUUAGAUGCGGUUUAAAGCGGUUUUGAGUUCCCACCUCACGUGAUAUAAAUAUUAUGAGUCGUUAUUGCAAAUAUUAUAUUUGUCUCGGUAAAGUAGUUAAAUCAGAGGGUUAAUUGAAUCUCUAGACAGAUAAUUAAAUAUCGAUAUUCAAUCAAGUCGCUAAAGGUCAGUCAGACAAGUGACUGAAAGAAAUGUUUAUCGAGUUUCCUAAACGUUCCUAGGCAAUAGGACUUACCUAACCAAUUUACAAUAAAACAAAACACAGAAUUUCCAAGCUCUCAGUUCUUCACGAUCACACAUUGUUUUACAUUAUUAACCAACUCGCUGGUUUUCGGUCAGACAGAUAGUUAAGCGUUUUCGAUGCUGCUUUAUUUAAAUCAACAUGCUAGCGACUUAAUUGAAUAUCAAUCUUUAAUUAACUGUGAUUUUACUACUUUACCGCGACAUAUCCAUACUUUAAAAUCCAGUUUUGUUUGCGUAAUUUUAUUAUUCGCCGUGUAGUGCAAAUGAUAGGCCAAAAUAGAUAGUAAGUGCUUUUUAAUAGAUAAAACCCGACCAGAAAUUACUGACAAUCCUAUUUUUUUUUUAACAAAUUCAGAAAUGUAUUCAAAAGUGGACGAAUUUUUAACAAUAGGAUUGUCACACAAGUAAUGACAUAUUGGAAGUACACUUAGCGGUAAAUGUUUUAGCCCCAUUAGAAAUAGUGUUAAGGAAGCGUCUGUGCGAAGCUUUAUUUGAAAAAAAAAAAAGUUUUUCCGAAAUGAUCUCACUGUUUGCAGUUUUUUUUCUAAAUUUCCUGGUGAUUUUUUUCUAAUAGAGUUUAGCACGGACGUGGUUUUCGACUGAUAGAUCAUUCCAAUGAGGGUAGGUCAGCGGCCUAACGGCUCGUACAAACCGAAUGACACCAUUUUUCUCCGUAUCACGAAUCGUUUUCGGAAUCCUUUAUUGGGAGUUUUUACACUUAUUGGUGCUUCUUUGUCUGACGCGCAGUGGCAUUGCAUUUUUUAAUUUAAAACCACCUUUUUCUUUGUAAAUACUCGUUUCGCCUGAAUUUUCCAAUACUUUGUACAUUUCAUUUUUCCAGCACUAUUGUCACUUGCGUCUGUACCGCGAUCAUAUUUGACUGAAUAUGCAUUUAUGUUCAAUUCAGUUUUUGUGUCACUUUAAAACCUACCUGACGUACACAGAUAAAAUUUUACUUUGAAUUUCACUUUUAUUAUAUCGAUUUUUUUCUGUGUAUGUCAGCUGCAAAAUAGCACUAGCAACUAUGAUAUUAUAGACGGUGUUAAAGUAGUGAUAUCUAUUAAUAUAUUAAUAAACUAACCAAAUUUCUAGUUGGUUUUACUAACAUAUACAAUUUUUGUAUUGGUCUCAAUUUAUGUCAAAGAUUGUAUUUAUUCGUAAUGUUAAUUGGUUCUUUGAUGUGUCAUUUGGCGACUACAGAAUAUAAUCCGAAAAUCGACGAAUCAAAAUGAAUUGACAAUUGACACGGCGAAGGACUAAAUCUCUCGUGUAACAUUAUGUAACGCCAUUUCGAUGAAUAUACGCCUAAUUGAUAAAUCGCUUGAGUUUUUAGUAAUGUAUGCGCACAUCAAAUUAUUGGUAUAAACGAAAAUUAAUAAUCGACUAUUAACGAUGACUUUUGUAUUGACUUUGUAUAGUCUGCGACGUUGACAGUUAGAUGUCAAUGUCAAGUUGACAUGUUAUGGGUUUUGGCGCGACGCCUCGCGGUUUACUAAGUAUUAAUUUGAUAGUGUGACGUUUAGUUGUACAUUUUAUAGUUUUCUAUUUCAGUGUUUGUACUAAUUUUUAAGUACAAAUUUUGAAGGGAUCCGCAGGAUUUCUAAAAUGCCUUAAAGUAGUAUUUUUUCAAUAAUAUUUUGAGUUAUGCAACACAUGUAUUAUUUUAUGAGUACUGUUUUCUUGCGUUUUAGUUAAUGUUGUCCCGUUAGCUUAGGUUACCAAGUGAUGUGCGAUUACACCCGAUUUUAUCGAUAAUUUUGUAGUCACAAUAGUGUAAAUAGUUUUCAAAUUAUAUUUUUUGUGAUCCCA